AUGGAGGAGCGAGAUUCCACUUCGCCGCAGUACGUGGGUGGUGAGAAUCUUGCACUGACGCCUUUCAGGCUUGCGGAGAAGCGCUACAAGUUGUACCGCUUUGACCGACGUGCCGCGCGUCGCCAGCAACUGCCUGAAACCGACUUCAGUGAUGUGGUAGACUUUCGGUGUCCUGACGCCAACACAGAUCAGAACCGUUCGCUGAUCCGCGGAGUCAGCACUUUGUACGAUUCGCAAGUGCGGUGCUUUGAGUUUGUCGCCGUGCCUGGGUUGCUGUUCUUUCCCGACGCCAUUUCUGAAGAGGAGCAACAAGCGUUUUGCCGGGAUGCGAUACUAAGGUACGGGGAUUCCAGUCAACAUCCCAACCAUCUGUCAACACACGCCAGCAAGCCAAAGUGCACUAAACGGUACGAGGCGCCGAUGCGAUGGGCGACUCUUGGCUUCAGCUACGACUGGACUUCCAAGACGUACACAAGAGAAAAUUAUUCAGCCUUUCCGCCAGCACUGAAAAGGCGCAUAGAAGAAAUAUUGCAUCUUUGUAGCUCCACACCGGAUCUUAAGGAUGUCAACCCGUCUAUCUACGAGCCUCAGACUGCAAUCGUAAAUUACUUUUCAGUGGGGUCUAUGAUGAUGGCUCACCAGGACGUGAGUGAAGAGUCGAUGCAGCAUCCUUUAAUCAGUAUUUCGCUUGGAUGCUCAUGUGUGUUCCUUAUGGGAACCUCCUCGCGUGACGAUGCACCCUAUGCGUUCUGGUUGCGAAGUGGGGAUGUGGCGGUAUUCUCUGGACCCUCACGUGUGGCCUUCCAUUCUAUUCCACGCAUCAUGGAUGAUUGUCCGCCGCACCUCUGCACGAUCUCUGGCGAGAAUAAUGAAGAUGAGGUCUACUGGCGGACGCAGAUGCGUCACAUGCGCAUUAACAUAAACGUAAGGCAGGUGUAUUCGGAGAGUUGCGCGUUUCUUUUUGAAUCAUGA